AUGAACAAUGGACGUGGCAUAGCUUGGAUUUUCCUCUUUCUGCUGCUGCUGCUUCUUCCAUGUUUGGUUGUUGGUGGUGGUGGUGAUGGUGAGUGUAAAUGUAAAAACGAUAAGGAGGAAGCUGGACAAAAGGUUGGAGUAAAAGAGAAGGUUUUGGCUAAGAAUUACAAAAUAGGAGCUCUGGUUUCGAUUUUGUUUGCAAGUGCAAUAGGUGUUACUCUUCCAAUGCUCACAAAAACUUUCCCUGCCUUGCAUCCUGAGAAGGAGUUGUUCUUCAUCGUGAAAGCCUUUGCGGCUGGGAUUAUAUUGUCCACUGGUUUCAUUCAUGUGUUGCCCGAUGCUUUUGAGAAGUUGACAUCUCCGAGUCUCGCUGAUCCCUGGGAUUUUCCCUUCGCGGGAUUUGUGGCAAUGUUAGCGGCCAUUGGAACGCUCAUGGUUGAUUCUCUUGCCACUGCAUAUUUCAAAAAGUCUACCCUAAUUAGCAACAACAAGGAUCCACCUGUUGACGAAGAAGAUCAUCAUGAUCAGCAUCAGCAGGUACCUUCCCAUGCAACUCAUCAAGACCAUGCUCAUGCUUCCCUUCCUUCUCCUUCAACGGAUCUCCUUCGCCAUCGUGUUAUUUCUCAGGUGUUGGAGUUGGGGAUUGUGGUGCAUUCUGUGAUAAUAGGGAUCUCUCUGGGUGUGUCUGAAAGCCCUAAAAGAAUAAGGCCUCUCAUUGCUGCUUUAACUUUUCACCAAUUUUUUGAAGGCAUGGGGCUCGGUGGUUGCAUCUCGCAGGCAAAAUUCAAGAGCAAAGCAGUUACAAUAAUGGCAUUGUUUUUUUCAUUGACAACACCAGUGGGAAUUGCAAUUGGUAUGAUAAUCAGUGAUUACUACAAUGAGAACAGUGGAAAGGCUCUGAUUUUGGAAGGUGUUCUUAACGCAGCAUCUGCAGGGAUCUUAAUUUACAUGUCACUUGUGGACCUCCUUGCGCCGGAUUUAAUGCAUCCCAGGAUCCAAGCAAGUAGUAGGCUUCAGAUGGGCGUUCACGCGUCUUUGCUUUUUGGGGCUGCCUGCAUUCGUCAAGGGAAGGUCAGGCUCACAAAAUGGUAUUCUCCUUACUCGCAGAAGGAAAGAAAUAAGGCUAUCCGUGAGCUCAGUGGCGUGGUUCUUACUCGUGCUCCCAAGCUCUGUAAUUUUGUAGAAUGGCGGGGACAUAAAGUUGUUUACAAAAGGUAUGCUAGUCUUUAUUUCUGCAUGUGUAUUGAUGAGGAUGACAACGAACUAGAAGUCCUUGAAAUCAUUCAUCAUUUUGUGGAGAUUCUUGAUCGUAAUUUCUGUUCUGACGAUGAGUCAAGCAAGAAAACUGUUGCCCGGUUAAUAGCUGCACAGGAUUCAUUGGUAGAAACUGCUAAGGAGGAAGCCAGUUCAUUAAGUAAUAUAAUUGCCCAAGCCACGAAGAUUGUGGUCGUGACCCACCAUUCUAUUACUGGUAAUCACUCUGCUUAG